GGUCACGUGGGCAGCGCGAGCGGUGCGGGGGAACGAACGGUUCCGCUGUUGGUUGUCCGGUUUUGAAUUGAAUUCGGAAUUUCAGCCGUUUAACGGAAGGAAACAUGGACCUGACGGCGGCGGCGGCGGCGGGAGGGCAGCAGGUCAAGGACGAGCUGGCAGAGAAAUGUCAGAAACUGCUGCAGGAUUUCCUGGAGGAAUUCCAGAACAGUGAUGGUGAGACUAAAUACUUGCAUGAUGCUGAAGAGCUGAUCCGCCCAGAGAGGAACACGCUUUCUGUGAGCUACAUAGAUCUGGAGCUGUAUAACCAGCAGCUGGCUACCACUAUUCAAGAGGAAUUUUACAGGGUUUAUCCUUUCCUUUGUCGAGCUGUUCGAAAUUUUGCUAGAGAUCAUGGAAAUAUUCCACCAAACAAAGAGUUUUAUGUCGCAAUCCAGGACUUACCUGCCAGACACAAAAUAAGAGAACUGACUGGAGCAAAGAUUGGAACCCUCCUGCGCAUCAGUGGGCAAGUUGUUCGAACACAUCCUGUUCAUCCAGAGUUGGUCAGUGGAACAUUUAUGUGUCUGGACUGUCAGACAGUGGUCAAAGAUGUGGAGCAACAGUUCAAGUACACACAGCCAAAUAUCUGCAGAAAUCCUGUGUGUUCCAAUAGGAGGAGGUUUAUGCUGGAUACUAACAAGUCACGAUUUGUCGACUUUCAGAAGGUUCGUAUUCAGGAGACUCAGGCCGAGUUACCCCGUGGCAGUAUUCCCCGCAGUGUGGAAGUUGUCUUGCGUGCAGAAGCUGUGGAAUCCGCACAGGCUGGUGAUCGAUGUGAUUUUACAGGAAUGCUGAUUGUAGUUCCAGAUGUAUCUCAACUGUCUACACCAGGUAUUCGUGCUGAGACUGGUUCCCGUGUUGGUGGUGUUGAAGGAUAUGAAGCUGAAGGAGUCCGAGGUUUACGUGCAUUGGGUGUACGUGAUUUGUCCUACAAACUGGCCUUUUUAGCAUGUCACGUGGCACAGACAAAUCCACGGUUUGGUGGUAAAGAGAUAAGAGACGAAGAACAAACUGCAGAAAGUAUUAAAAAUCAGAUGACCGUUCAGGAGUGGGAGAAGGUGUUUGAAAUGAGCCAAGACAAGAACUUAUAUCACAAUCUCUGUACAAGCCUCUUUCCCACCAUUCAUGGUAAUGAUGAAGUGAAACGAGGAGUCUUGCUGAUGCUUUUUGGAGGUGUUCCAAAAACUACAAUGGAGGGAACAUCGCUGCGUGGCGAUAUUAAUGUUUGCAUAGUUGGAGACCCAAGCACAGCUAAGAGCCAGUUCCUUAAGCACGUGGAGGAAUUCAGUCCUCGUGCAGUUUACACAAGUGGUAAAGCCAGUAGUGCUGCUGGUCUGACAGCUGCAGUUGUAAGAGAUGAAGAAUCACAUGAAUUUGUCAUUGAAGCUGGAGCAUUGAUGCUUGCUGAUAAUGGUGUUUGCUGCAUUGAUGAAUUUGAUAAGAUGGAGACAAGAGACCAAGUGGCUAUCCAUGAAGCUAUGGAGCAACAGACCAUCUCCAUCACUAAAGCAGGAGUAAAGGCAACAUUGAAUGCCAGGACUUCAAUUUUGGCUGCAGCAAAUCCAGUCGGUGGACGAUAUGACAGGUCUAAGUCUCUAAAACAGAACAUAAAUCUCACAGCUCCAAUCAUGUCUCGAUUUGAUUUGUUCUUCAUUCUGGUUGAUGAAUCUAAUGAGGUUACAGAUUACGCCAUUGCCAGACGUAUAGUGGACCUUCAUUCUCGAAUUCAAGAAUCCAUUGAACGAAUCUAUUCCUUGGAUGACAUCAGGCGGUACUUGUUGUUUGCAAGACAGUUCAAACCAAAGAUCUCGAAGGAAUCCGAAGACUUUAUAGUUGAACAAUACAGACGUCUCCGUCAGAGAGAUGGCUCUGGAGUGACCAAGUCAGCGUGGCGGAUUACAGUACGCCAGCUGGAGAGUAUGAUUCGCCUCUCUGAAUCCAUGGCUAGGAUGCAUUGUUGUGACGAGGUGCAGCCUAAGCAUGUCAAAGAAGCUUUCCGCUUGCUGAACAAAUCCAUCAUUAGAGUGGAGACUCCAGAUGUAAAUUUUGACCAGGAUGAAGAACAAGAAGCAAUGGAAGAGGAAACCCCUGAAGGGACUAAUGGACAUUCUGUUAUUCCAAAUGGAAUCAAUGAUGCCAGUAGCCACCCUGAUAGUGGUGCCAAAGAAGAAGUGUCUAAAUCGAUAAUAAGAAUGUCUUUUGUGGAGUAUCGCAAGAUUUCUAAUCUUAUUGUCCUCCACCUACGGAAGCUGGAAGAAGAAGAAGAUGUUUCACCAAAGAGAAGUGAUCUUAUUGACUGGUACUUAAAGGAAAUUGAAUCAGAAAUCGAUUCAGAGGAAGAGCUAAUUAACAAGAAGAAACUAAUUGAGAAAGUUAUUCACAGACUUGUUCACUAUGAUCACAUUCUGAUCGAAUUGAAACGCACUGGCCUGAAGAGCCGAAAAGAGGAGAGAGAUGAAACAUUGGAGCUGGAUCCCUAUCUGGUGGUCAACCCCAAUUACACAUUAGAAGAUUAAAUCUGCAUUAGAUGUUUGUGGCAUUGAUGGCUAUUUUCAUCAAUAUCACCAAUGGACCCUUAAAAUCAAGGGAUACCAACUUCUAAGUGAGGUACAAAUACUUCUGCUUUUAUCUAUGCAGGUUGUAGAAAGGAAUUGCUUUUUAUGAAAGUGUUGAAUUUUGACUUACCUGAACUGUUUUAUAC